GGGCUCGUUUUUUUCCCACGACCGCGCGGCUCGCGACCAUGCCUGACCCGUCCAAGUCCGCGCCUGCGCCCAAGAAGGGCUCCAAGAAGGCGGUGACCAAGGCGCAGAAGAAAGACGGCCGCAAGCGCAGGCGCGGCCGCAAGGAGAGCUACUCCAUCUACGUGUACAAGGUGCUCAAGCAGGUGCACCCCGACACCGGCAUCUCGUCCAAGGCCAUGGGCAUCAUGAACUCGUUCGUCAACGACAUCUUCGAGCGCAUCGCCAGCGAGGCGUCGCGCCUGGCGCACUACAACAAGCGCUCGACCAUCACGUCGCGCGAGGUGCAGACGGCCGUGCGUCUGCUGCUGCCCGGCGAGCUGGCCAAGCACGCCGUGUCCGAGGGCACCAAGGCCGUCACCAAGUACACCAGCUCCAAGUGACGCGCGCAGCGCGCACCCAAAGGCUCUUUUCAGAGCCACCUCCGAGCUCGAUAAAGGAGCGUGUCACCUGGUCGAGGUCAUGGGGGAAGGAGCUCAGCACCGCGAGGCUGGCUUGGGCGGGUUUGGGGUACAGGCCACGGGUCCGGGUGCCGAGCUGGCGAAGGGCGCAGCCCAGGGUGUCCCCGGGGUGAGGCGCCGGCGCGCACCCAGGGCGCGCCGCCUGGCGGCGGUGUCGUGACCGAAUGCAAGCGCUUCAGCCGGAAGCUCCUCGCCAGCGCUCCGUGCCACGCGCUCCUGUCCAGCCAGCGGGCGCCCAGCCUGAUGUCCACGCUCCCUGCCAGGCAGGAGUCUCCCGGUUCCAGGAUGCCACAGUGUGUGUGUGUGCUUGUCCGUGUCCCUGUGUACGCACGGAUGCGUGCGUGUGUGCGUGUGCGCGUAGCGAGUCUGGUGACUGCUGAGACGUCUCUGCAUGUCUAUAUCCAGUUAGGUCCCGGGCAAGCUAACGACGCCUGAAGGGCAAAGGCGCGCACGCGCUAAGAACCGCACAGUGCCCUAGGCUGCACGACCUCUCCCAGGGGAAUCACUCCGCUCCCUAGCCCCCCGCCGCCCCCGGGACGUGGGGUCCGGGUCUGCCCGGUUGUUCUCUGCUGGACCGCGGCGCCGCGCCCACGCCCCUUCCACGGGCUGCGGCGCAGGGUCAGGGCCGCCUUGGUUUGCGGUCUCGGGUGGGGGAGGCCUGCUGCUGGAUGCCUGGCGGACCCCUGCCCGCAAAGUCUCAGCUGGGGCUCCCAGGCCAGAAUCCCGCGCCCCGGGCCUCCGCGGACGCCCCCGCCGAACUGCCGGUCACCGCGGCCACAGGGCGACUGGACAACGGCGUUCUGCGCGUGGUCUCCACCUGCCUGACCGCAGCUCAGGACCAGGAUCCCUGCUCUGUUCCCGGGGGUGGAGCAGCCGCAACCCCCGCUGUCUCCCCAAACCUGCGUAGGGGAGAACACACGAGGUUCGAUGCCCGCGUCACCCACAAAACGCGUUCUCGUGGAGUCAGCCUGGACACGCGACGCGCCCGGUCAUCGCUGACCCGCACCGCACUCCGCACGCAGAUCUCCAGCGCGGACCUGAGAGCCGGCCCAAGGGAGGACGUGGAGCUGUGGUGGGAGGCAGGGCGCCCAGCCCCCUCUGCGGGCCUGGGAGAGGCCCGGAUUCCGUCAGCGUGGGGACAAGCCCCGCAUUCUGGCGGUGCCUGCUUCUGAGGGCGGGUCAUGGUUAGAGCUAAGAAGACAGAGAACUGGGUGAGAUGGCAAAGUGUCCACCCCGCGAGUUUAUUUCCAUGUUUUUUUAGAGCAAACCUCCGGAACGGAAGUGAUGCUGCAUGCGGUAAGCUCUGUGGACACACAGACCACGCAUGCCUGUGCGUGCUAAGGACAGGAAUCCGGCUGGAGGCAGAUGCCCGCAUCCUGCAUGCGCAUGGGUUCUAGUCCCGCUGCUCCUCUUCCCAUCCAGCUCUCUGCUAAUGGCCUGGGAAAGCAGUAGAAGGUGACCCAAGUCCUUGGGCUCCGGCAUCCAUGUGGGAGACUUGGAAGAAGCUCCUGGCUCCUGAUUUCAGCCCGGCCUAGCCCCAGGUCGUUGUGGCCAUUUGGGGGAGUGAACCAGCAGAUGGAAGAUCUCUCUUUCUCCCUCUCUCUGUAGCUCUUUCAAAUAAGGGAGGUGGAGAGAAGAAAAGAGAGAAAAAGGGGGAGAGGGAGGGAUGGAGCAGUCACAGGCAUGGUGGUCCCUGUCACUGAGUCAGCCUCACCCAAGGAUCCGAGGCCAUCUUUGACACAAGUAUGUGAGCAUGUGCCCUCCGCAUGGUCUCUGAGACAUGAGACUGCUCACCUGGGAGUUUGUUGAAAUUGCAACGGGCAUUUUUUGUUGUUGUUUUUUAGGGAAGGGUAAUAGAACAGUUCAACUACAACAGAGCAGUAAUAAACCAUGUCGUAUGUAACAGAGUACUCUAAUAAACCAUGCAUGCUGUAGGAAUGUGUGAAACAGAACACUAACCAUGAAGGUAUGUACUUAUGUGUGUAGGAUAGGUAGGUAUGUUUGUACGGUAUGUAUGUGUGUGUAAAAGAACAAACCAUGUGUGUACAUAUGUAAUGCAUAUAGAUAUGUAUGUAUGGUACAUAUGUGUGAGACAGAACACUAAUAAGCCAUGUUUUAACAGAACACUAAUAAACCAUGUAUACAUGUAUGUACCAGAACACUAAUAAACAAAUGCAUGUAUGUAAUGUGUCUGUGAAACAGAACACUAAUAAACUAUGUAUGUAUGUGUAUAUAAAUGUAAUGUAUGCAUGUCAUGUAUGUGAAACAGAACACUAAUAAGUCAUGCAUGUAUAUAUGUGAUGCAUAUUUACUAAUGAGCAAUGCCUGUAUGUGUGAAACAGAACAUUAACAUGCAUGUAAUGCAUGUAUGUAACAGAACACUAAUAAUCAUGUGUAUUAUGAAGCAACACUAGUAAACCAUGUGUGUGCCUAUGUACAUAUGUGAUGAAUGAUGUUUGUAAUAGAACACUAACAAUCAUGUGCGUGUGUAUUAUGAAGCUACACUAAUAAACCAUGUGUGUGCAUA